AUGGCAAGCUCUAAGGUCUUAGGGGUUGCUUUCUUUGCUUUGUUCAUUCUCGACCUUGCAUUUGCUGCCAGGGCCCCAGAAAGGGCUCCUGUCGGAGGAGGUGGGGGUGGCGGAGGAGGGGGUGGCGGUAGAAAUGGUGGUUCUGGGUUAGGGUUUGGCUCCGGUAUUGGUGGCGGUAGGAAUGGUGGUGGAGGUGGAGGAGGUGGUGGAGGUGGAGGUUCCGGUGGUUCUGGUGGAGGAAGUGGUGGAGGAUGGGGUUCCGGUGUAGGAAGUGGAAGAGGAGGACAAGGUGGAGGUGGAGGUGGCGGUGGUGGUGGAGGUGGCGGAGGUAGUAAUGGAGGUUCUGGAGGUGGGUCAGGUUGGGGUUGGGGUGGGGGUGGAGGAGGACAUAAAAAGUCCCCUUCCCCUUCACAAUAA